CCCCCCAAAAAAAUGGCCAUCGCCAAGGGUCGCUACCUGCUCCUCUUCCUGUGCGUCCAGCUGGUGGUCAUGGCGCUGCUGUACCGCGAGGGAUACCGAAAGCGCAUGGCCUACUUCUUUGGUAUUUUUUACAAACCCAACUCGGUGGUGGUUUUUCCGCCCCACAAUAACUCGUUUCCCGGAGACGUCUACGCCAACCUGAGUCUGAUAGCCAAGCCGGCCGGGCCGGCGGAGGAUUUGCCGUACUGCCCGGAGACGUCCCCCUUCAUUGGAGGACCCAUCCGGGUCAACCUGCCGGAGAACUUGGCGCUGGAGGACGUUAUUCACAAAAAUCCCUUCGUGACCAAGGGCGGCCGUUACAGGCCCCCGGACUGCGAGUCCAACCACAAAACAGCGGUCAUCAUACCUCACCGAAACCGCGAGCAGCACCUUAAGUACCUGUUAUACUACCUGCACCCGUUCCUGCAGCGGCAGCAACUCAACUACGGCAUCUACAUAAUCCACCAGGCCGGUAAUAGCACGUUUAACCGUGCAAAACUACUAAACGUGGGCUUCAAAGAAGCCAUGAAGGACGAGGACUGGGACUGCAUGUUCUUCCACGACGUGGACCUUAUUCCCGAGGAUGAUCAUAACCUCUAUACCUGCGACAAGCACCCCAAACACGCCUCGAUCGCCAUGGACAAGUUCGGAUACAAGUUGCCUUACAAGUCCUAUUUCGGCGGCGUCUCUGCCCUCACCCCCGAGCAGUACAUGAAGAUCAACGGAUUUCCCAAUAACUACUGGGGCUGGGGGGGAGAAGAUGACGACAUCGCAAUCAGAGUCUCGCUCAGCGGCAUGUUAAUAUCCCGGCCUUCAGUGCGAUACGGGCGAUAUAAAAUGAUUAAACACGGACUGGACAAGGGGAACGAGCAGAACCCCAGACGGUUUAAUCUUUUGGCAAAGACCCGACGGACGUGGAAACAAGACGGCAUGAACUCCCUCCAGUAUACGCUCGUGUCCAAAGACCUUCACCCCCUGUACACCAACAUCACGGUGGACGUGGGCUCAGAGAAAAGCACAAGAUUCCGCACGUGAGGUCCAGCUCUCUUCCGGGCCGCCGGCGCCCCCCGCUUCCCGGAAGUCCCGUCUCUUCUAUACGAGGAGCAACGGCUCGAGGAACUCGGCAGAAAGCCCCGAAGGACGUUCCCUGAACUUGCUCCAAAAAAAACAAAA